GCAUUCGGCAACUCCCCCCUCCUCAUCGCUCUGUCCUCUCCUCCUGAACACACAACCCGGGUCACUCGGAUAGUACACAACAAAUUAUAGGACUUCCGAGAUACUGUGAAAACAGCCGACGGUCCCCGGAUUACUGAUAAAACAACUUUUUUUUGUUUGCACAAAGGAAUAGUUUACCUCAAGCGUAAAUAAGCUGUCAAACAACAAGAAAACGCUGCCUAGUCUAUUGAGAAGUCCAGGACACAGGCACCAUGACGAGUCAGUAGAAAGGCGUUAUUGCAGCUGUCUCUGGGGUUGGGACGUCCCCACAGUGACCAGUCGUGUCGGACCAUUCUCCAGCUCUGCAGUGAGAAACAAAAGACAAUCGUGAUUGAUGCGCCAUGGAGGGCGGGAACGAAGUGGAUCUGUCCAACAAUAACAUCAGCCCGCUGUGGAAGCGUCACUCAGCCAAUCACACUGGUCCCAGCAACCCAAAGGCCCGGCCCCUCAGCUACCAGAUAGACAGACUCCACAUGACUGACGUCCCCGUAGAGGACAACAAGUGCAGUUUUACCCUGAGCCAGCCUGCAGAGAGAUUGGUGGCUACGCCGGGAGGAGGGUCUGGCGUUCUGAAGCACGUUCUCAACCAACCCACCAGGAGAACACGGGUAGUCAGGAGUAUAAGCAUUGGACAUCUGGCCAAAGGACGUUUCUCUCUGUCCAAGUUCAAGUCGGAGGAUAAGUUUUCGUCAUUGGACACUAAGGCGUACCACGGUGGGAGUGUUGGUCAGAGCGGUAACAAGGAGAAGGUGUGGUCAGACAAGCGGCCACGGGAUGCCCUGAAGCGACUCUCCAGCCCGUUCACUCUCACCUCUCACAGGGACCAGAUAGUGUUUGGAACAAGUUCCUCACUGCCGGACCCUGCCUCCUCCAAUCACCCCUCUCCCCCUGCCACCCCCAAUAACAACCACCACCACUAUAACCAAACCUCCCCUUCUUCCUUUCACCCCUUAAUAACUCCUCACCCUUCUCCCCCUAACCCCAGCCCUUCUCCCCCUAGUCUCCACACCCCUACCCCAUCUCACAGCUCCACCUGCAGUAUCUCCUCCCUCACCUCCACCUCCACCCCUUCUGACCCCCCCACACCCCGCAGCCCCUCCCCUGCUGACAUGUCUGGCCCCUCCCUCUCUCCUCCUCCCUCCAUUGUCCUCAGCACCCACAGUGCAGCUGCCCUGAAGAUGGGCACACAGCAGCUGAUACCUAAAGGGCUGGCGUCCCUGAGCAAGGCCUCUCCUGCUGGGGUACAGAGCCACAGCAUGGGGGGUCUGCUGGGCCUGGAUCCUACCAAGCGGGCCCUACGAGCACUCAGUAUGGUGGAGACUGGAACCUUCUUCUCCACGGACGGAGGGGGAGAGGGGACAGACCAGGAUGAUAGCCCUGGGAGUCUGAAGAGGGGGUUGAGGUCUACCUCGUACAGGAGAGCAGUGGUGAGUGGAGUGGAAAUGGAGGAACCAUCUGUAGACCCCAAGAACAAUUGCUUGUCCCAACCUGUAGACCCCAAGACCCAUCGUCUGUCCCAACCUGUAGACCCCAAGACCCAUCGUCUGUCCCAACCUGUAGACCCCAAGACCCAUCGUCUGUCUCAGUCUGUACUCAAAGGACUACAGGAGGUCAAGGAGACACCUACGAGCCCUGGGAAGAAGAACAAGAGACCUGAUAAGAAGCCAGGACUGAUCACACAGAGGACUUUUGACAGGGAAGAGGAGGAACUGUAUCAGAACUACCAGGAGAAAGCUCUUCACAAUGACUCUGAUGAGGACCAGUCCAGAGAGCCCAAACCUGACGACGGCAUCGUGGUGCAGUACAGACCCAUACGCACCUCCUGGAGCCAACUCAGUGUGGGGGGACGGACGGACGAGAGAGUAAAUACAAAGAUGGGAAGAGAGAGGAAGAGAAUGAAGGAAAAUGUGGUAAAGAAGAGUGGAAUCACGCUCAGCCAGGAAGAGCGGAAAAGACAAGAGGCCAUAUUUGAGUUGAUAUCGUCAGAACACUCCUACCUCCACAGUCUGGAGGUUCUGAUCCGGAUGUUUCAGAACUCAGCGGAGCUCAGUGACACCAUGACCAAGACCGAGCACCACCACCUCUUCUCCAACAUCACAGACGUGUGUGAGGCCAGCAAGAAGUUCUUUAAAGAGCUAGAGGACAUGCACCAGCAGAACAUUGUUAUAGAUGACAUCAGUGACAUUGUGUUCAGACACGCCCAGUCCAACUUUGACCCCUACAUCACCUACUGCUCCAAUGAGGUUUACCAGCAGAGGACCCUACAGAGGCUAGUUAGUAAGAGUCCAGUGUUUAAGGAGAUGUUGACUCGUAUUGAGGGCCACCCAGACUGCAGGAACCUCCCAAUGAUCUCCUUCCUAAUCCUUCCCAUGCAGAGGGUCACCCGCCUGCCUCUGCUGAUGGACGUCAUUUGUCAGAAGGCUUCUAAAGGCUCAACUCAGUAUGAGGCCUGUAAGAAAGCCCUUCAAUCAGUCAGCAAGGUAGUGCGUAAGUGUAACGAAGGGGCCCGUACCAUGGAGAGAACAGAGAUGAUGUACACCAUCAACUCUCAACUGGACUUUAAGAUCAAGCCCUUCCCAUUGGUGUCGUCCUCUAGGUGGAUGGUGAAACGAGGGGAGCUCACAGCCUUCGUGGAGGAGAACGGCAUCUUCUCCAAGAGGACGUCACGUCAUCAGGUCUACUUCUUCCUCUUCAAUGACGUCCUCAUCCUCACCAGGAAGAAGAGUGAGGACAGCUAUGCAGUGAUAGACUAUGCUCUGAGGGACCAUAUCUGGGUGGGACCCUGCCAGGCCCAGGAUAUCAACCUAUCACCCGUCAGAACCACCGCUGGAAUGCUGACAUCACGGCAUCCCGGGGCCAGCCACCUCUUCCGCCUGCGUUUCCGUAGCAACCAUUCCGGAGACAAGGUGCCCAUGGUCCUGGGGGUGGAGCUAAUGUAAGUGUCACCUUCUAGUGUGCGAUUCUUGUGUAUCUGUUUGUUUUCUUCUCUAUCUCUCCGAUCUGGGUUCUUCUCUCUCUGAGCUGGGUCCUUCUCUGGGUCCUUCUCUGGGUCCUGUCU